AUGUACUUCGGGAUUAUCGCAUGUUGUGAAGAACUAAACCAUAGUGGCUGUGAAAUUCUAGUCAUGGCUCAACCGCUAGUGUCACAGCGUCCUGCUGAAAAUGUCGGAAACACGAAUGGAUUUCAACCGGAUUUCACACGGGCUUUCAGCGCAAAGCCAAGCAAUGGAGAUGGAGGCAAUGAUACGAAUCCAUUCCUCAUGUCCGAUAACACCCAACAACCUCCCCAACCUCAACCUUCCGUGGCGGCUAUGUGGCAGCAAGGAUUUGGCGCUGCUCCCACCACCGACUCUGGGUUUACCAGCAAUGCAGAGUCUCAAGGUGGCUCUAUGACUUCUGGAAACGAGCAGGCCGGCGCUCAGAUCGGAAAUCCAUUUGGUGUCGUGAAACAAGAGCCGGUGUCGCAGUUCCAAGGAGUUGGAUCACCAUUCCAGCAGGAUCUGCAGCGUUUCACAUCUCAAAACUCGUCAUCCACUGAGUCACCUAUAUCAUUCCCACAGCAACAGCAACAACAGCAGCAGCCACCAGCUCCUCAACCUCCUGUGACCACUGCAGCAGCUCCGCCGCCAAUUCCUCCUGCGCCUAAAGGGAUUUAUGAGAAUACACCCUUCUGUGAGUGA